AUGAUAAACAUUAUUGUGAAGGAGGAUAAAGUCCCUAAUCUCUCUUUUACUCGACAUGAUUCUCCUCUUAAAAAGUCUAUAAACCAACUUCCAUUCAGACCUGAUUCAGAAGAGGAUUUAGUAAAUUAUAAUGAUGAGUCGAGAAGAACAUUAAACGAAUCUUAAAUGACAUAUAAGCUAUUAAAGCGUGUAUAACAAAUCUAAGCCUUAAAUAAUUUAACAAACAUGUAAAAGCCCUAUCAGAACUUAGAUGAUUAGAAAAGGAAUGAAGGAGUAAAAAAGUAAAUUAGUCAAGAUAUUAGUUAGGAUGAGGAGUCUUAUAGAGCAUGA